AUGAGAGGGAGCCGAGGUGAGUGCCCAACAUCAAAUCGUUGUGGCGACCAGGGUCCACUCAUCCAGUUCCCCUUCCGUCUAAAAGGCCAGCCACACCAAUGUGGAUACCCGGGAUUUGUUUUAUCUUGCACUGAGAAUAAUCAGAUCAUGCUGGAGCUGCCAGUUUCGGUAAAGCUCUUGGUGAAGAAUAUAAUCUACAAAUCCAGGGAAAUCAUUGUCCAAAACUCGGAUAAUUGCCUUGUGAGACAGCUUCGAAACCUUAGUUUAGCUUCGUCCCUCUUCCAAUUCAAAUUUGAGGGGAACGUCACCUUCUUCAAUUGUUCCUUACUUAAAACAGCAGAAUCAUUUGCUGCUCACUUCAUCCCUUGCCUUUCUAUCUGUUGA